GGAGAGGAGCGGCGCGCGGGGCGGAGGUGGGGGGUGUCCGACUGAAUGAGAGCCGAGCGCCCGAGACGGUGGGGUCGAGGUCGGCGCGAGCGGCUGAAUGUCGGGGGAGACGGAGCGAGUGGCCGCGCGGGUCCCCGGGGAGAGCGGCUCGGAGCCGGGGAGCGCGGCCGCCACACCGGGGACCGGGCCCGGGGCGGGGACCGGGCCCCGGAGCCAAGUCCUGGCCCGGGAGGUGGCGGCGUGUCUGUUGGCCGAGCCCCGCAGUGAGGCUCAGGAGCUUGAUGAAAGUGUUGAAGAAAUGUUAAUCAGACUGGAUGAGUUUUGUGGAAUGUUGGAUAUGAUUCGAAACGAUACUUCGCAGAUUCUAAGUGAAGACAUUCCAAACACAAAGGUCAAGGUAUUGGAAAUGAAGACGGUUUAUAAAAAAAUUGAUAAAAUAGAGGCGUUUGUGAAAAUGGUCGGACAGAAUGCAGCUAUGCUAGAGGAACAAGUAGUUCGAGCAGAAAAGGAUUAUGGAAAUUUCCCUUGUGGUGUUUGCAAACUUCUACAUUCAAUCAGUACUCCGGCAUUCCUACAUAAGAAACGCACAUUCCUCAACCAACAGAGUUCGACAUAUGAGCUGCCCAAUUUAUACAGGAGCGAAGACUAUUUUCCUGGGAGUUCCAAUCCAGGAUACCUCAAAAAGCCAAACACCUGACUGCUUGCCAUAAAACAGCAGGAAACUAUUGAUCGUAACACUGACACUGAUGUGAAGUUGUAUGAUGGACAUUGCCUGCAAUUUGUGUUUAGUCACAUACUAGUCUCAGCUGGAUCGAAGUCAAUAUGUACAAAGAAUUUUUCAGUGAGAGAUAGUAGUACUGCUUAUUGCCUUUAUACCAAGACUACAUCCCACAGCUAAUCACUUGCAAACAGUUUUGUGGAAGUGCAUUCAAACAGUCACCCAAAGCGUCUAAUUUACCAUGUUACAGAGAACCUGAUUCAGCUGAAACGUGUCCUAUAAUCAAGCUACUAGCCAGCAAGUCUCUUGUUUGGUUGAUAAUUUAAGCACAAACAAAUUUAAUUGAUCAGGAAAAUUAAUGUCUCCAUUAUCGGAAGUAAUUCAGAAAAAAAUCUUAGCAUAUUUUAAAGAACGGCUUUCCUUAAUUUGACAACAUUUUAAAUGCGUGUUUUUGAUUUGUGGAAUAAAGAUGCUUAGAAAAUGAAGCUGAUCGCACGUGUAUUCAACCAUGCGACUUCAAUAUUCUGAAUGCCCUCCCAAUUAAAUAUCCUUGAAUAGAGUUCCACGUCAGAAUUUAGAAUCACGCGGUCUAAGCUGACAUGCCAGUGGCGGUGGGGGGGGGGAUUAACAUGAGACGUU